AUGCUUUCUUCUCCGUUUUCGCGUUUUCUUAGUCCCUUUUCCCCCUCAUUCUCUCACACUUUCGCUCUCUAGAAUUCUUCCUUUCUCGUUCUAUCUGGGGUUGUCUGAUUCCAAUUGAUCGUUCAAGUUAAGCUGGUUUUGAUAUGGCUACACAUACGCCUAAGAACAUCCUUAUUACUGGGGCUGCUGGAUUUAUUGCAUCCCAUGUUGCCAAUCGGCUCAUCAGGAACUACCCUGAUUACAAAAUUGUUGUGCUUGACAAGCUUGAUUACUGUUCAAAUCUGAAGAACCUGAACCCAUCAAAAUCAUCUCCAAACUUUAAGUUUGUGAAGGGAGAUAUUGGCAGUGCCGACCUUGUCAACUAUCUUCUCAUUACUGAGUCUAUCGACACAAUAAUGCACUUUGCAGCCCAAACCCAUGUCGACAACUCAUUUGGGAAUAGCUUUGAGUUUACCAAGAACAACAUUUAUGGAACUCAUGUCUUGCUUGAAGCCUGCAAGGUCACUGGCCAGAUCAGGAGGUUCAUCCAUGUGAGUACUGAUGAGGUUUAUGGAGAGACAGAUGAGGAUGCUGUUGUAGGAAACCAUGAGGCUUCUCAGCUCCUCCCAACAAACCCAUACUCUGCAACAAAGGCUGGAGCAGAAAUGCUUGUUAUGGCAUAUGGCAGAUCAUAUGGGUUACCUGUGAUAACAACACGUGGAAACAAUGUUUAUGGUCCCAAUCAGUUUCCUGAAAAGUUGAUUCCAAAGUUUAUCCUCUUGGCAAUGAGGGGCAAACCUCUUCCAAUUCAUGGGGAUGGCUCCAAUGUAAGGAGUUAUUUAUACUGCGAGGAUGUUGCCGAGGCAUUUGAAGUCAUUCUUCACAAGGGUGAAGUUGGCCAUGUGUACAAUAUUGGGACAAAGAAGGAAAGGUGUGUGAUUGAUGUGGCUAAGGAUAUAUGCAAGCUUUUCUCAAUGGAUCCUGAGACAAGCAUCAAGUUUGUGGAGAACAGACCAUUCAACGACCAGAGGUACUUUCUUGAUGAUCAGAAGCUGAAGAACUUGGGAUGGUCAGAACGAACAACAUGGGAAGAGGGCUUAAAGAAGACUAUGGAAUGGUACAUUCAGAAUCCUGAUUGGUGGGGUGAUGUCACUGGUGCACUGUUGCCACAUCCAAGGAUGCUGAUGAUGCCUGGAGGGAGACACUUCGGCAGCUCUGAUGAUGGAAACUCUACAUCAGAUUCAUACGCACCAAGUGGUUCUAAUCAGACACGAAUGGUGACACGAAUGGUGGUUCCAACCCCCAAAAGUGGUGUCUCUCCUCAUAAGCCAUCUUUGAAGUUCUUGAUCUAUGGCAGGACAGGGUGGAUUGGAGGUCUACUUGGCCAAUUAUGUGAGAAACAAGGGAUUCCCUUUGAAUAUGGAAAAGGACGCUUGGAGGAUCGUUCAUCACUCCUGGCAGAUGUUCAGAAUGUUAAGCCAACCCAUGUCUUUAAUGCUGCUGGUGUGACUGGUAGACCUAAUGUUGAUUGGUGUGAAUCUCAUAAAACCGAAACUAUUCGUGUCAAUGUGGCUGGAACGUUGACCUUGGCCGAUGUUUGCAGAGAGCAUGGUCUUUUAAUGAUGAAUUAUGCUACUGGCUGUAUAUUUGAGUAUGAUGCUGCACAUCCAGAAGGUUCUGACAUUGGGUUUAAAGAGGAAGACAAACCAAACUUUACUGGUUCUUUCUAUUCCAAAACCAAGGCCAUGGUUGAGGAGCUCUUGAAAGAAUAUGACAAUGUCUGCACCCUCAGAGUCCGAAUGCCAAUAUCAUCUGAUCUCAACAACCCACGCAACUUCAUUACUAAGAUUUCUCGCUAUAAUAAGGUGGUCAAUAUUCCCAACAGCAUGACAAUCUUGGAUGAACUUCUUCCAAUCUCAAUUGAGAUGGCAAAGAGAAACUUGAGGGGAAUAUGGAACUUCACAAACCCUGGUGUUGUGAGCCAUAAUGAGAUACUGGAGAUGUACAAGACUUACAUUGAUCCCAGCUUUAAGUGGAUGAACUUCACAUUGGAAGAGCAAGCAAAAGUGAUUGUUGCCCCUCGAAGCAACAAUGAGAUGGAUGCAUCCAAGUUAAAGAAGGAGUUCCCUGGGCUGCUGCCUAUCAAGGAGUCACUAAUUAAGUAUGUCUUUGAAGCAAAUAGGAGAACUUAAGUCCCGGAAGCAGUUCUUAGUUAUAGAACCCAAGGUUAACCUCUGUAUUCUGCAUUAUAUUAUGCAUCUUUAAGUACCUUUCUCAAUUUCCCUCAUUUUUGUUUGUUAGCUCAGCUCAUUAUUGGUAUUGAUACUAGAGGAAUAUCGUUCUCUCCACUCAACUUCUCAUCUUAGUUUGCUGUCAGGCCUAGUGAUAUGUUCUGCCAAAAACAUUGAACAGAGUAUUACUCACGUCAUCUGCAGGCUCACAGAUGUAUUAUUUUUUCAUUCCAUUGGUUUAAUAUCAUGUGCUGUUUGUGUUUUCACCUCGCAGCUUUACAUUUUAAUU